AUGGUGGAAUCAAGACCGCUGCCGCGUCUUGCACCGCUGAUUCUACACAUGAUGGCAGUUGUACCUCCCGACUGGCGCUUUCUCUUCAUCGGCUCAUCAAAGAGUGUGUACAGCGUGGGGAAGUCCAAGGCUAUUCAGUUCCAUAAGAACUCUGGGAAACUGGAGCUGUUAAAGGUGCCGAAACCGUGGAAGCUGGAGAGUCCCGAGGACGAGUCGAGGUUACUAACUGAUGCGCGGCUCUACUACGAAGUUCUUCGAGAUGUGGAGUGGAUUUUCAAGUUUGCGCAUGACGGUAUAUUGUGUGCAAAUUCAGCUGUCAGCUUGGACGAAUGGCUUUCUUGGAGCUGGGCCGGUGCAUUUCGGAAAGCCCAUGGUGACAAGCUCUCUGACACGGGUGGUUUGUCGUUACGCCGAACUUCAGUGGUUCGACGUAUCCUCAGCUUCCAGCGGCGGCAGAACAACUCUGAACCAGAGGACGCAUGGUUCAGAAAACGCAUUGCAGCUCUACCGGGAGAAAAGGUCGCGUCCAACUUCCAUGGCAUCAUAUCGGCAGAGCAUGUCUUCCCUCAUGAACCAAUGGGAUAUCACGUUACAGAACGGAGUACAUGGCCGGACCGUGGGGCACGCACGAACAAGAAGAUGAAACAGAUUCUUGAAUACUGCCCCGAGUUAAGCAUGAUACUCAACAUGAGUCUGGUUGAAGAACAUGUUCCUGUCGAUGCUGUUUGGGAACGAAAAUGGCCGUCUGUGGGAGCAAAGACGAAACAAGAUGGUAUAUAUGUUGUCAAAGAUGAUAAUGACAAAGUGAAAAGCAAGGGCUUGAUCUAUCCGCCUCAGCCGGCCCCCCUCCCGCUUCUACAUUCAUAG